CAGUUACAAUUUGUUGCGUUUACAGUAUACAAUUACCUAUAUUAAGAGAGCAGUACUAAGAUUUUACAUCGCUGUAUAUAUGGAAUGUAUAUGUAGUGAAAUGGUAACAAAAGAUUUCUAUGUCUAUAAAAAACGAAGAAAAAAUAGCAUCAUGGUUUUACAAUAAUGAAUUACAAAAACAUCAGACAAGUAAAUCAUGUGAAACAGUGUACAGUAAUAUGCAAGAUAAGGUCUACAGAAAAUUCUAAAUCUACUGGAAUAAAUUUGCAUGCAUAAAAUCAAGUAUAGGGAGUAGGAUAGAAAGAGAUACUAAGGAUAGUGACCACACAGAAGAAAUGAAUAUAUAAUGUCACACAUAUAUAUAAGGAGACCACAAAUAUAUAAUUAGGAAAAACAUAGAUUAGGUAGUAACCAAGGUUCACAUUGAAGAAUACUUCAUGCAGUCAGUCAAAUGUAGUCUGUGAUUGUACCUUAUAUGGACAGUAAUUAGUAUGCUACCUACUUAUCCUUUAGUUUGUGCACCUUUUAAACAUUUUGCGUUUAGUUUCAUCAAACUCACAGUUUACUGUACUCUUUGGUUCUUUCUGUUAUAUAUUUCAUGCAUUCUCGUAAGAUCAUAUAACUUAGCUUUAUUGCCCUAUCUAAUCAUUUGUCAUCUUUGCCCUACCUAACCAUUUCUCAUCUUUGCUGCAACUAAUCAUUUCUCAUAUUUUCCCUACCUUAUUAUUUCUCAUAUUUCAUUUCUGUAAACGUUUAUUCAAUCUUUCCUAUCUUUUUCUCUUUGUUUGCUGCUUACACAUCUUUCAUGAUUUCUUACACAUCUUAUUUGCCUUCUGAGAGCUCCAUAAGUACUAUACUUAACAUAAUAAUUAUACUAAUGUUGCCACAUGCUAUAGUAACAAUUCAUACAGGAAAUAUCCAUUAUGAAGAAACUCAAUCACUAAUGUAUGUAUAAAAGGCAAAUACAAUCUGAAAAUUCCUUAAGUUAAAGCCGUGCAUGUUAUUAUGUUCCAUCAUAUGUAAAUGCAAGAAGACAGUUUGCAAUGUCACACAUGUUAGUAGAAAAACAGAUAUAAAAGAAUCUUAUCCUAAGCCACAGCAGAAAACUGAAGCUGAAAAGUAAAAAAAAAAAAAUAUUCAUGUAAAGCUCAAAAGUAAGAAAAAGUCCUCAUUAGUAUCCCACAUACUUCCUAUAUCUCUUUUCUCUUAUUAAGUGUACUGUCUAACUGUGUCAUACCUCAUGAGUCCUGAGUUGUAUUUUCAUAUCCCAAGAAUUUAAAAUUUCCCAAAUACUAUUAUGACACCAUUUCGUACUGAAUAAAGUCUGAGAGAAUAAGGGGGUGUGCAUAAAAUAUAAUGGAAACUGAUUAAAAAUUGCUGCUUAAGUAAUUAAAACAGAAAUUUUGAAAGAGUAAUUGAAAGAAAUUGGAAAAUACUCUUAUCCUGAGUGAACUUCAGCUGGCAUUAAUAUCAACAGACCUUCAAUAUUCGAUACAUUUUUAGAUUAAUAUUCGUAAAUUUAUGUACAUCCGUGAUUGUGCAUGGAGACUGGUAUGACAAUACUGGUUCCGGAUCGCCCCUCAUCUUCUCACACAAAUUCUUCUUGUUUGCUUCGAUCCUCUUGAUGCAGGAUUCUCGGCAUGUGCAAAAUGAUGAGCAGGAUAUGAAUGUACGAAUAAACUUUGCGUAUCUCUAUUUGUUUUGUCUGUAUGCCAGUAUUAUGUAUGGUACAAAAUUAUUACUAAUUUUUAUCUUAAAUGACAGAAAGAAAAGAACAAUAGGAAAAAAAUAAUAAUAUGCUUCUUUACAACUGCUCCCCACUCUGCACUGAUAUCAUACGAAGGUGCACAGUGCCUGAGCUUAUUUCUCUUUUUAUGGGUUGAUACUCUGGCCGGUAUGGGCAUAGCCUUUAUUUUUCGGCCACCGUAGUUAUCCUACGUGGUUAUCGAUUUAUAUAGACAUGUUAGCUCCCUUAACACAUACAUACAUAAGUUUUCAUUCAUAGCAAAGUGCUUACUGUAACUGCAUAGUCCCAUUAUUAUCAGUCAGUGUUUCCCAGUAUUUAGUUUGCGAAGCAUGCACACACAGCUUGACAUCAAUUAGCGUCACAGGUCGCUUUCACAUGUUUAAUACCAAGUCAGAGUGCACAUGUCGUGUUCACAUAGCCUUCACUGCACAAAUUCGUGAAGCUUCGAUGCAGUGACAACUGGUUUCCAUGUCAACAAACUGAGGAAUGUAUUUCAUCUCGUCGCUCGCAAUUAUUCAGUGGAGACACGAGCUGUACAUCUGAAUCCGCUGCCAAGGAGACUCAUACAAGUCCAUGAUGUACUUGUUUCUUAUUCCGGUCAGCACGAUUUCUCUGAUCGUACCCGACGUAUGUAGAGCCAUUUUUGACAAAUUGAAAAGGGAAAAUUAUUUGAAGACUCCUAAAACAACAAGUGAAUGGAUACAUGUGGCAAAGGGUUAUGAAGAGAACUGGAACUUUCCACACUGCAUUGGGGCAUUGGAUGGGAAGCAUAUUGUGAUGCAAGCUCCAAAAGACAGUGGAAGCUAUUAUUAUAAUUAUGAACAUUGUCACAGUGUUGUUUUAUUGGCACUUGUAGAUGCCAUUUACAAGUUGUUAUACAUGGAUGUAGGCUGCAAUGGAAGAGUUUCGGAUGAUGGUGUAUUCAGUACCUGUGUGUUAUUUCCAGCCUUGGAGCAAGGACAUCUUGACAUUCCUCUGCCCAAUCCACUCCCUGUCAAAGAAAAGGACACCCCCUAUGGAAUCACUGAAGAUGAUGCAUUUACAAUGAAGUCAUAUUUAAUGAAGCCCUAUCCCUUCAAUAACCAACCAGGUCCGAACAGAGUGUUUAAUUACAGACUAUUUCGGACCAGAUGAGUUGUGGAAAAUUUUUUGGACACAUUGCACAACGGCUUAGGAUUUUGAGGCGUCCAUUGUUACUAGCUUCUGAAAAAAACUGUAACAAUAGUUUCAGCUAUAUGUGCCCUACACAAUUUCUUAAUGGACAGGAAAGAUGCAAUUAUGCAAACCAAAGUAAUUUUGAUGUAGAAGAUGUACAGAAUGGUGAGGUAAUAGGAGUCUCAUGGAGGAAUGAAGAGCAAGGAACACACAAUUUAAUCCCCAUUCAAACAGGACAAUGUAACAGAAAUUCUAAUGAUACUAGAGCAAUUGUGAAGAACUCAUGAACUACGUUGUAUCACCAUUAGGUGAAGUACCUUGGAAGUACAAAUACAUUUAAAAUGCAAACUGUAGACUUGAAAUAUAUAUUUGCUACCUGCAACUCAUCAUUUAUUGCCUUAACAUUAAGUUCAAUAGUGAUGUUCUCCUUUUCUGUGGCUGGCUGUCCCAGCACUCGUUUCACUAUAUUCCAUAUGGCCCUAAGCAUGUUUUCGGAAUUACUGAUUUCUGACAUUACAUACAUGUUUGUGGACUUUAUAAUAAAGUUUAUCAGUAAUUUGGAGUAUUUUUUUAUUACGUGAAAUUACUGCAGGACCAGUUGAACACUUACUGCAGUGAAAAGAAGCCUCUUAGUAAGUAGUGUAAUUCAGUAUAAUAUCAGAAGAAUUGGAGCCUGCACUACUUGACAAAAGUUGUGCAUAAUUUUGUUCCACAUGGCCAUAAUGUAUGGGCACUCAAUGUAAUUACAGCUUCACAGAAGAUAGAACACCAUGUGUAUGGUAUGCUGUGGUGCAGUAGGGGAUUCUAUGAAAUCAACUAUUAAUGAAUAAUAUAUUAACAAAUUAACAAACAAUUAUGAUGAACAAACAAGGAAUCAGUCUAUAUUUUGGUUUUUAUACAGAACUUAUGUUACCUUAAUGUAAUACCUUUAAAUUUUGAACUGUAUGUUUUAUAUGCUUAUUCCAUUCCAACCCUUAACCCUUAACACAUUUUUAGAAAUGGGAGAAUAUUCAUUCGUAUUCCAUUUACGUGA